AUGAUGAUGAGUUGGCAUCGAUAUCUUCUUAUCGUUCUCUGUCUAAUUGCUAGUCUUGACAGCAGAAAAUUAACGAACGAGGAGAAUGAGAAGCGAUUGGAACAGUGCGGAAAAGUGCACAGACGUAUGUUUCCUUAAUCUUUCUCCAAGACAAUGGUACUGUUGCAGCGAAAGUGUUCAACGGAAGAGAGGCGGAUACGGAAGAGGCGCCGUGGUCCGUGCAAGUUUCGACUCCGAACGGCUCGUGCACCGGCACUCUUCUCUCCCCUCGUCACGUCCUCACAACAUCUCAUUGUGUUGCAAAAGCGGACGAGGAAUCACGUCCACCCAGAAAAUGGAUGAAUAUCACUUUGAAGAAAAAUUACUUCGAUCGGAGCAAGUGCGAACCGCACGGGUGAGCCCUAUGACUCUUCGGUGAAUCUUCUAAAAAACUCCCAUCUUUUACAGUAACAUUGUGAUCAGCGAAGUGUUGGCCAGCAAAGUGACGGUGUAUCGGAACGAUACAAUGGUCGGGAGGGCCAAGUUUGUGAGCGAAUUUAUCUUUUGACUCCGCCCACAAAAGGUUGCUUCAGUUGGUGUUGUUCAGUCUUUGCCGGAUUGCAAACGAAGGCUAUUACUACGAGUAUCCGGAUGACAUUAUGGUAGUCGAGUUGGCGGAUGACGCGGAAUACUCUCCGAUUCUCCAACCGGCUUGUCUUGCGAGUGAGCUCCUCUUGCUUCAAGUAUUCAGUACCUUUGUGAUUGAAUUUAGGAGACAUCAGUGACAACGAACCGGGAACCGUUCUCGAUUUUUUUGGAUUUGGACAAAAUCGUCAGUAACUCUCCAUCCGUCUUUUAUUGCAAAAUUGUUCAUUUUUAGCCAAUCAAAAUGAGAAAACGAAUCUAGGUUCCGGUGGAAUUCUGAGAUACGAGAAGAUAAAAGUGAGUAGUUGGGAAAUGGAUUGAAAAGAAACGUGCAAUCAGGUGCUGGAGGAGAACAAAAAGGGCACUUCGAAACGGAUGGAUACCCGAGUGUUUCAUACGAGAAGCGUCACUGAGACCUCGAUUGUCUGCCCGGUACUCUAAUAAUCCUCAACUUGUUCAGUCUAUGGAUCAAUUUCAGGGAGACAGUGGCGGAGGAGCUGUGCGGAAGAUCGACGGAAGGAUUACGGUAGUUGGAGCAUUGAUGAGAGGUUUGUUCGUUUUAGCUUAGCACAGCUGAAGAAAGAGAACAACUCAGGUACCUGCGAAUUUAUGAAAAGAGGAAAGGAUGCAUUGGAAAUCCACGCGUCCGCAGGAUAUCACGCACACGAAAUCUGCAAGUACACGGGAAUCUGCACUCCGCCCAGAAGCCAGUCGUCCGAGAGACUAAUUCUAACUGUUUCCUUUGUCAUUCCCAUAUUAUUCAUGAUUAUUUCUUAA